GUCUAGACAUUCACUCCUCUCUCGUCCAUCGCCGAUAGCUCUCGUCCAUCGCCUCUCUCCAGUUUGUGCGUCUUUCAAUUCAUCUCUUUCGAUUGAGAGUAUCCCAGCGGCUAGGUCUGAAUCGCGUCCACCGCCUCCUUCUUUUCCCUAGCUAAAACCUCCGAUCCAGAUUAUUUCUUCCUCAACCCUGCUUAUUCCAUUAAUUGGACUGUUCAACUUUCACAGAGUGACUGAGAAUGGAGUGUGUAGUUCAGGGAAUUAUCGAGACACAACAUGUGGAGGCCCUUGAGAUUCUUCUUCAAGGACUUUGUGGUGUUCAUAAAGAAAGCUUGCGAAUACAUGAAUUAUGCCUCAAAAGCAAGUCAAAUCUAGGGUUAGUGGGUUCAGAAAUUCGUCUCAUUUGUGAUCUUGAGCAACCUGAUCCGAUGUGGACUGUUAGACACGUUGGCGGGGUAAUGAGAGGAUCUGGUGCCGAGCAAAUCUCAGUUCUGGUUAGGACAGUGGCAGAAAGCAGAGUGAGCAAGAACGCGCUCAGAGUCUUUAAUUCGCUGGGAUACAUACUUGACCAUGAGCUAUUGAGAGUUGGCUUUGGGUUCCAUUUCCAAAGAGGGGCACAUAUAACCGUGACCGUGUCAUCUAUAAAUAAGAUGCUGAAACUGCAUGCCACCGAUGAGGCUGUACCUGUAACACCUGGCAUUCAGCUAGUUGAAGUGACAGCACCUGCUUCGGCUGAAAAUUACUCGGACGUUGCUGCUUCUGUAUCUUCAUUCUCCGAAUAUCUUGCACCGCUCCUGCAUUUGUCGAAACCGGGCAGUUCAACAGGGGUGGUUCCUACUGCUGCCGCGGCAGCGGCGUCUCUCAUGUCAGAUGGUGGAGGCACUAAAUUUUAGUGCAUGCGGAUAGGGUACCUUAUCAAGGGUUAUGCAAUGUUUGUCCUUCAUAUAAUUUCGGUGUUUGUGCAUUGUUCUCAUUUUGUAGUCACCCUUUUCGAAAGAAAAAAAGGUACACCAUCCUUCCAAUUGGAAAUUCUCAUAUUUGAGUUUUCUACCCAGAAUACUGAAAUCAAGUAAACUUUGGCUCAUAUG